GAACAGUUGAUCUCAUUGACUCAGUAGUCAGUGAGACAGCAGUUGGAGAGGAUCAUGCGGGGGACAAACUCUCCUUCCCACCAACUCCACUCCUAUCAUCCUCCUCUUCUUCAUCCUCAUCCUGUGAAUCCAACCGAACCCAGCUGAGGAAUAAUGUCUGCGAACAGCACAGCAGCCACAACACAAGUGCCGGACUACCCCUGCGUGCGUUUCUACGUGUCCACCUUGUCUUUCUCGGUGCUGCUCUUCUUCAACCUCAUCAUCAACUGGACCAUACUUCGCGUGGAGCGUCUGCGGAGUCAUGCGCGCUUCGUGCUGAUCUUCCACCUCCUGGUGUCCGCGCUGGUCCACCUGGCAAUGAGCAGCGUCUUCUACUACCAGAUCCACCUCGACGCCCGGCCUGCGCGCUCAGCCUGCUUGGCCAUGCUCACCGUGUUGAUCAGUAGCGCCUCCAACAUCCUCCUGACGCUCACGGUGAUGGCUUUGGACCGCUACUGCGCGGUGUGCCACCCCAUGCGCUACAGCUCGACUUUCACCGCGCGGCGCUGGCCCUGGAUGCUGGGUGCGCUCACCUGGAUCUUGGCUUUGGUCAAUCCCCUCAGUCUCUUCCUCCAGCCGGACUCCCAGGCUGACUAUAAUGGUGUGUGUGGCAGGGAACAGCUUAAAAAAGGUCAGCUGCAGAAGGUGCUGUUCAUAGGUGUGUGCACGGUACUCAUUUUGUACAGCUAUGUGAGGAUUCUACUGGAAGGAAGGAAAUUGGGGGUUUUGAAUCGGCGCAAUAAGGCCGGGUGCAGGACGAUCGCCCUUCAUGGAAGCCAGCUGGCGGUUUACAUCCUCCCUAACUUUGUGAACUUUGUGCUGACGGUGUUGAUCAACCGGACACUCAUCCAACAGGAGACUAAAGAGCUGGCAGCCGUGGUUAUCUUCGCUUUCUUCAGCUUGGCUCAGUGUGUUGCACCGGUUGUAUAUGGAUUGCGUAAAGAGGAACUAAUGGAGCAGUUGGGUCACACGUUCCCCUGCUGUUCCCAAUACUUGAAGAGGGUCCUCGGCUGGACAGUGCGAGCCAACUGGCCACCCACCCAACACACACCACGGGAGCGAACACUGACAGUACAGACGAUCAUCUCCCUACAGCCCCUGCAAGACCAAGAGGAACAGGAAACAACGGCAAUAUCAGUCAGAGGUUCCUCAAUUGAAUGUGAUACGGACAAUGCCUGACGGAGAAAAAAGCAGGUCAAUUUCAGGAUUAUCCAGCAGCAGGAGUAUUAUCAAAAGUGACUCAGCUCAAGCCUGCACGGACAUAAAGAAACCACUUUGGAUAUCAUGGUAUUGAGACCUGGUAACAAGGCAUCAGCAUUUUUGCACUACAGUGUUUUUGAUCAUUUGCCCACAGAGCGAACAUUCAAAUACCAUCAGAAAAAAUGGGAAGUUCUCGUUGUACAUUUUUCUGGCUUGCCCAGACAUUUAAGCCUCAAGUCUUCAGGUCCCUUGGCCGACCUCAAAGCCACAAAGAACCUUCAGUCAUUUGGGAGUAAAAUGACUGGAAUGGAUGAUAUUGGAUAUUUAAAUUUUAACCUCUUGUGAAUGUUGUUUUCAUGUGUUCUUAACCCUGUUAAUAUAUUAAAAAAAAUGUGAAUUGAAUGGUUACAAGGAGUAAAAUGACUGCUAAACAUUAAAACACGCCAGAAUGUGAGAGGACUGAGAGAACAGAAAGUAGAUAAGAGAAAUGAUAAUGUUAGCAUGUUAUUUGGUGGUAGGCCAUGGUAAGCUGAUUAAAUAUCUUCAGAAGAAAAUAAAUCAUGACACAUUUUCUCCCCAACAUGAUAUAGCUACUGUUAUACACAAAGGACUGUAUCAACAUUGGUCAAAAUCUGGGACCCUGGCCCUGGUAUUGAAUCGAAAACAACGUCUCUUACACGAGGGAGACGUUAGCUUGGUUUUACAAAGUGGGAAACAGCUAGCCCAAACAUUAAAAUAGU